AUAAUCUUAUACAACUGUUUUGAUUAUAGUAAAUCGUAGUCUAUAUUUUAUGUGGAAAUAGUGACUCUAGAAACACAAAUAGAUGUAGAUGUAAAACAACUGCUAAUUGAUCCAAUCAUCUGAUUGGCUCUUUACUAAUUUGUUGCAACUCUUUAGUUGCAUCCAACUGAAUAGGCAUAGAGUGUUCUAGCUGUUCAAGAAGUUGAAGAGCUGGUAGCAAUUUAUAGAUAGACGGGUAUUUGUCCUGUAAGUAACGUAUCGCUACACUAAAAGACCAAAAUGAAGCGUGGGGCAAAGAAACAGCGUCGAGAGUCGCCUGUUUGUCUAGAUUGGGAACAAAGCGAUCUCGACAGUCCAUUCAUUCUCACUGACAAUGAGACGUUACGCAGAAUGGUUGAUAUUGAGCCAAUGUCACCGCAAGACGAGGUUGUAUAUUGCUCGUCUUCCAUUUCUAGCAGAGUGCGAAGGCCCAUGAACGCCUUCAUGAUUUGGUCACUGGAAGAAAGGAAGAGACUUGGGCGCAAAAACCCCGACUUGCACAACGCUGAGGUGAGCAAAAUGCUCGGGAAACUGUGGAAAAUGUUGCCUUCAACGUACAAAAAGAAAUUUUUUGAUGAAGCGGAACAACAGCGUCUUGCCCAUAUGCAAAAGUAUCCAGAUUACAAGUUCAUACCUCGACGACGACGCAAAAAGAUUAGGAAGAAGCAGAGCUCCACCUCAGGAACGAGCUCCACCUCAGGA